UGGAGGCGCGCGGGGAUGCGAGAGGAAGGAGGAGAAGAAAAAAAAAAAGGAGGAAAAAAACCCAUCAUCAACGCGCUGGCGGUGCGGGGGUCACGAACUAUGACCUUUAACAGAAGAAAACCAAAACAAAUAUUUUUAUAAAAUAGCGGAGAGCCCCAACAUCCGUGUCCACCGUCUCCCGGAGACCUCGCCAAUGACCUUACAUCACCAUGACGACCAACCUCAAUCUGCUCUCUCAGCAGAAAGUGGACUCUGAGCACGAGGCAGAGGUGUCAUCCUCUCCUUCAGAGUCCACGAUGAGCGAGUCUCCGCAGCGCUUUCAUGUCAUCUCCACUGAGCCUGCUGCAACGCCACAGCGAAUACAGAUUGUAACCGACCAGCAGACGGGUCAGAAGAUCCAGAUCGUGACGUCGAUGAAGCCGUCCAGCGUUUCCAAACAGCAGUUCAUCCUGACUGCGGCCGACAGCUCGGGUGCAGGCAAGGUCAUCCUGGCCUCGCCGGACAGCCACAACGCCAAGCAGCUCAUCUUCACUGCUGCAGACAGCCUGAUGCCAGGAAGGAUACAGAUCGUCACGGAUCCGGUGUCGAUGGAACGGUUGUUAGGGCAAUCAGGGGACUUGAGCCGACCGCAGCCAGUGGAGUACUGCGUGGUGUGUGGGGACAAGGCUUCAGGGCGUCACUACGGCGCGGUCAGCUGUGAGGGCUGCAAAGGCUUCUUCAAGCGGAGCGUGAGGAAGCACUUGACCUACAGCUGCCGCAGCAAACAGGACUGCGUCAUCAACAAACACCACCGCAAUCGCUGCCAGUUCUGUCGGUUGAAUAAAUGCCUUAACAUGGGGAUGAAGACUGACUCUGUCCAGAGUGAGAGAAAGCCCAUCGACGUAGUGCCCAGAGAGAGGCACGCCAACUCCGCUGCCUCCACCCAAAAGAUCUACAUCCGCAAGGACCUGAACAGUCCUCUCAUCGCCACGCCGACCUUCAUCUCCGACACGGAGACGGACGGCUCCAGGUCCAGCCUGCUGGACCAGGGCAUGCUGGUUAAUAUCCAGCAGCCUGUCAUCCAGAGUGAUGGAACUUUGCUGCUGGCCAUCGACUCAAAGAUGGACCCUGGCCAGGGGGACUUGGGGACACUGGCCAAUGUGGUGACAUCACUGGCCAACCUGAGCGACUCACUAAGAGAGAAUCUCAACAAUGGCGAUACCUCAGACAGCCAGCACGAGGAGCAAUCUGCCAGCGAGAUAACACGUGCCUUUGACACCCUGGCCAAAGUUUUCAACCCCCAGGAAGCAGGUGUGGGACAGAGUCUGGCCGAGAAGCCGCAGUGUGUCAGUGGAACAACCAUCCAGCUGAUUGGUCGAGACCAGGAGACCCCCAUCAUUGAGGUGGAGGGACCGCUGCUCACAGACAGCCAUGUCGGCUUUAAGCUGACCAUGCCCAGCCCCAUUCCCGAGUAUCUGAACGUUCACUACAUCUGUGAGUCGGCAUCCAGGCUGCUGUUUCUCUCCAUGCACUGGGCGCGGUCCAUCUCUGCCUUCUCAGCUCUUGGCCAGGAGGCGAACACCAGUUUGGUGCGAGCCUGCUGGAACGAGCUGUUCACUCUGGGUCUGGCUCAGUGCGCUCACGAGAUGAACCUGUCCACCAUCCUCGCUGCCAUCAUCAACCACCUCCAGAGCGGCAUCCAGGACGACAAGCUUUCGGGGGAGAGGGUGAAGCAGGUGAUGGAGCACAUUUGGAAGUUCCAGGAGUUCUGCAACAGCAUGACGAGGUUGGAGACGGACAGCUACGAAUACGCCUACCUGAAAGCAGUCGUGUUGUUCAGCCCGGAUCACCCCGGUGUGGACAGCAGUGGGCAGAUUGAGAAGUUCCAGGAGAAAGCCUUGAUGGAGCUGCAGGACUACGUACAGAAAACCUACCCAGAAGACACCUACAGGUUGACCCGUAUCCUCACUCGUCUGCCGGCCCUGCGCCUCAUGAACUCGGGCGUCACGGAGGAGCUCUUCUUCACCGGCUUGAUAGGUAACGUGUCCAUCGACAGCAUCAUUCCUUACAUCCUCAAGAUGGAGACGGCUGAGUAUAACAGCCAGGACUCUGACCCUGCAGAAUGACGCCCCCCGCAUCGCUCCAGCAUGAAAGAUGAGCGAGUCUCCACUUCAGGUACUCUUCUUCGUGGUUUUUUUCUUUUUACCGCGGAACGCCGGGCCGAAACCCUCGCGGCGGCCCCCACGCUUCUUUUUAAAAAAACAAUGCAUGGUGCAAAGUCGUUCAGGAAUCCAUCGGUAGAUUAAGAAAAAACGGGAUGUUCUCUGGUAGUCUUGAACUUCUGGUAAAGGAAUCCUCUGCAGCUGCGCUCAUCUCCUUUUUAAACGUCUUAACGGCACUUCAAGCUAAUUGCGUGUGAAUGCAAAAUAAGCCUUUUCAAGACGGUUUCAGUCUUUUUUCCAAGACUCCCCACGUCGAUCAUUUAGCCUCAGCUUGCGGAGAACAGAGGAGCUGCAUCAACGAGUUUAAAAUGGACACCUUCCCCUCGUGGAAGUGACGUUUCAUCUUUGUAAAGUCUUGAAGAUUAAAGUAAAUCUCGGUACUUACUUUUCAAGUGUACUUUAAAAGCUGUAAAGUAUUUGUUUUGUGUUUUGUAUUUGGGAACAUUGGCGCGUUACAAACAGGUGUUUAAGGGGGCCGUUGAAAUAGAGAAUUCAGGCUUUCACAGAAUGGCUUCAGAAUAAUAAUAAUCUCUCUCUUCAGUUCUGAGACUGGAAGGUGCGAGACAUCAAUGUACAGUUCUUAACUUUUUAAAUACAUAUAAAUCACAUUUAAAUAAUAGUUGGAAUGAGAACUCCAAUCAGGUACAAAAACAAUCUCGAACCUCAACUAAUUGAAUUCUUAAUCUGUAUUCAACACGGCUGGCUUUCAUGGCAUUUUUUCUACCACACAGUGCAUUACAACAUGGCCGACAUCCCAUUUCAUUCAGUUUCACUUUAACUAAAUCAGCCAAAUUAGCCAGUUAAA